UCUCUCUCACUCUCUCACAAGCCGCCAAAGAGAGCGCACUUAGAACCAAUAUAGAAGAAGAAGAAGAAGAAGAAGAAGAAGAAGAAGAAGAAGAAGAUAAAGUAAUUGUGUACAGAGAGAGAGAGAGAGAGAGAGAGAGAGAGAGAGAGAGAGAGAGAGAUGGCAAAAUUCUCUUUAAUCUUAUUUUCUCUCGGUAUCUUCAUCUCAGUCACAGAAAUCGCUUCUCAGGGAGACUGGUGGUGGCAGUGUUGGGACCCGAUCCUCGACACCGGGAAGGAUGGGAUCAAUGACGCAGGAAGAGAAAGUGAGAUUGAAUGCAGAGGUGACAGGAUUGUGUUUGAUGGAGGGUCAGUGAAGUGUGUGAAUCAGCGAGGGAACACACCUCUCUCCUCCUGUAUUUUGCCCAGGUGUCCCUCCCUGAUCCCUCCAAGACACGGUGGACUGGUUUACAAUUACACACAGCGCGUGGUGAAGGCGUUCUGUGACCCGGGCUUCACUGUGACCACGAGUUACUGUACCAUUGCUUGUGACUCACGUGGAUGGAACGCCACGGUGCCCGCUUGUCAAGCCUCCUACACCUCCCCCCCCAUGGCGUGCACCUUCGAGAGAGACACGUGUGGGUGGACCAACUCUCCGCACAACCAUUUCUUCUGGGAGUUGAAGUCCGCGGCUUUGCUUCACCUCUUUGACCAGGACAACUCCCCUGUCACCGACCACACGCUGGGGACCGCUGCUGGCCAGUUCAUGAUAGCGUCAGCCGGCCCUGGGGAAGCCAGUGACGGAGAGGCAAGGCGCGCCACCCUCUAUUCCCCCGUGUUUAAAGCUGCCCGCAGAGGAGUCGCCUGUUUUAACUUCUUCUACCACAUCUACGGGGGACGAGACACAGGCGAGCUGCGGGUGUAUUUGAAGCCCCAGGACAGGCGCAUUGAGUUUUUGGCACCAGAUUUUCAAACCAGCAGUCGGUCACACGCCAGCUGGGUCAGACAGAGACUCGUCUUCACUAACGUGACACAACCCUUCCAGAUAGUGAUUGAGUCAGAGGAAGGCAUCGUGGCAAUAGACGAUGUGAUGAUAAACUAUGAUAUUCUCUGCAUUAUACCCACCUGCACACCGUAGAAUGACCGCUGGAUUUCCAACGCCCUGGGGGGGGGGGAAGCUAAUGUAGGAUAUUCCCUGAGUGUAUCCCUGAGAGUGGCUGGGUGUAGGAGAUGGUCAGUGACGCUGUACGAGUCAUGUUGACCUUGUGGCCUGACCUUAGCAAUGAGAGGCCCUUCCAUGACAUAGUGAGGCAGAGUGUGUCCCCUUGGUGCAGCACACAGCACACAGCACACAGCACACACAGCACACACCAGGAGAGGCACCCACUUCACAAAAGUACUUGUAGCCUAAUCUGAGCCUUUGAUUCCACCCUAUCUAGUAAACCUGUAUGAGUGGAACCCCUCCCCCCCUAAGCACGCGAGGAAUACUCCCUACAGGGGCGGAGAAGGCCCUUGUACAGUUAGCAGUUGGAGGGGCGAGAAAAACUGGGUGAGACGCCGCAGAACACCUAACUUCAUAGACGGUGUUUUAGCAAGAGAUGAGAUGUGAAGUUUGCAGUGAAGAUUAUGAGCAAAGGACAGAGCGAGGAUAGUCAGUGUGGCAGAGGGGGACAGUUGAGUGGCACUGAAGUGAUGUGGAUAUCUAAGUUUGUUUUCCGUGGUUCUAGCAAUAAAUUAACAACAAUCUUGCAUUAUUAUCAGUAGAAGCACUCUUGGAACCCCGGCUAGUCAUCUCUGUGACCUUGAAGUAGAGAGAGAGAGAGAGAGAGAGAGAGAAAAGCCACAGAGGUGAUUAGCGGGGUUUUCAAGAGUGUUUCUCCAGUUAAUAAUGCAGAAAUCUUGUCAUUCUGCCUCUAGAACUGUAAAAGCACCUUAAAAAUCUUGUGUGAGUUUAAGUAAAGCCUUUGGAAUUGUGGAUCGAGGUAGACAAAGCGCAGAAAGGUUUGAGAAUGCGAGCAAUAGUCAUGGUGAGAGCAGAGCGUGGUUUGUCCUGUGUUAGAUGAGUCAUUUGAAGGUCACAUACACGCAGACUAUAAUGGAAGAAGAAAUUACAUACGGGUUUAUUACAUUGAAAAAAAAAAAAAAAAUGAAAUACUGAACAUUACUGCCAAACUAUGGUGGGUGAAGGGAGAGAAUGAUAUCUAACAAGCUAAAUAAAUAAAAGCAGUUGAAAGAGGUUACUUAAACAUAAAACAUUGAGAUAGGAAGAAACUUAAAAUUAUCUGAAAUACAUUAGUCUACCUUUAAAACUUGACUUAGAGAAUCGAAAUUAUUGAAAUAAAAAGAUGUUUGCUUUAUGAAAUCAUAUUAAAAGAUGAUGACUAUAUAAAAACACGGCAAAUCAAUAUGGAAAGCGUAAAGAAAUAAUAGAUCUAACAAAAAAUGUGAAAUAAUAAAACAUAUUAGAAAAAUAAAAUACAUUAUGAAUUCACACUAAAAGACGAUCAAUAUAUAAAAAAAACUUUAAAUUAAUAAAAAAAAAAGUUAGAAAGUUAUUAAACGUACCAGAAAAUUUUAAAUAGAGACACUUGAUAUAUAAGAAACAACAAAAUAUCUUAUGAAAGCACACUAAACUAUGAUGAAUAAAUAAAAAUACAAUAAUUUAAUACAAAAGCAGCUAAAAAAAUAAUAUAUCAUAAUGAAAAACCUUAAAAUAGGAAAAGAUGACAUAUUAAAAACGUGACAUAUCUUAUAAAGCUUUGUCAAACCAUGAAAAAUAAACAAAAACACUACAAAUAAUUUUAAAACGAAUAAAAAGUAAAAAAACUGAACCAAAAACACAAAAUAGAGAAACAAGUAAAAGAAAUAUUGGAACCUCAACCGAGAAAGAGAGAGAGAGAAUGAGUGUUGACAAUGGCCGAUCGUGACUGUCAGUGUUUACAGUUAAUAUUUCCCUAAUUACUCCUCGGCCACACCUAUCUGCCACACCUACCACACCUGCACGCCUUGAGGAACCCCCCGCGCACACGCAUACGCACGCACACCCCGGAGAAAUAAGGGAAAAGCGAGAAAA